AUGGCUUUAAAAGUAUUACUGGAACAAGAGAAAACAUUUUUCACCAUCGUAGUCCUGCUAGCCUACUUGUCAUGUAAAGUGAUUUGUGAAACAGGAGACUGUCGACAACAAGAAUUUCGGGAUCGGUCUGGAAAUUGCAUUCUCUGCAAACAGUGUGGCCCAGGCAUGGAGCUAUCUAAGGAAUGCGGCUUUGGCUAUGGGGAGGAUGCGCAGUGUAUGACAUGCAGGCCACACAGGUUCAAGGAGGACUGGGGCUUCCAGAAGUGCAAGCCGUGUCUCGACUGUGCCCUGGUGAACCGCUUCCAGAAGGCAAACUGCUCUGCCAUCAACGACGCCGUCUGUGGGGAAUGCCUCCCAGGAUAUUACAGGAAGACGAAGCUGGUUGGUUUCCAGGACAUGGAGUGUGUACCUUGUGGAGAUCCUCCUCCUCCUUACGAGCCACACUGUACCACCAAGGUCAACCUGGUGAAGAUCCCAUCCACAGCUUCCAGCCCACGGGACACAGCCCUGGCGGCCGUGAUCUGCAGUGCCCUGGCCACCGUCUUGCUGGCCCUGCUCAUUCUCUGCGUGAUCUAUUGUAAGAGACAGUUUAUGGAGAAGAAACCCAGCUGGUCUCUCAGAUCACAGAACAUCCAGUACAGCGGGUCCGAGCUGUCCUGUUUUGACCAACCUGGGCUCAAUGAGUGUGCUCACCGAGCAUGCUGCCAGUGUCACCGGGACGCCGCUCAGGCCUGUGGGCCCGUCCACUUGGUUCCGUCCCUGUGCUGUGAUGAGGCCCGCAGCUUGGGCCGGGCGGCCCUCGGCUGCACUGUGCAUUCCAAGGCUGCGCUCCAUGAGAGGACUGCAGGUUCCAUGGGGGAGAUGAUGCCGACCUUCUUCGGGUCCCUGUCCCGGUCUGUCGGUGGUGAAUUUUCUGAUGCCUGGCCUCUGAUGCAAAGCUCCGUUUGUGGUGACAACGUCUCUUUUUGUGAAUCUUAUCCUGAACUCACUGGAGAAGAUAUUAAUGCCCUCAAUCCAGAAAAUGAAAACUCAACAUCUUUGGAUUCAAAUAAUAGUCAGGAUUUGGUCAGUGGAGCUAUUCCAAUUCAAACUCAUUCUGAAAACAUUACAGAAAUUAGUGAUGUAUCGAGACACAGCAGUGCAUUGACAGACCCAGCCCUAACUCAGGAUACACUACCUACUAGACAUCAGCGAGAUCAAGAGAGUGAAGGUGUCCUUAACCCAGCCACUCCCACUUCCCUCCAGGUAAGGCAGGGACUGACGGGUUUAUGGUAG